AUGGAUCGAUCCAGGUCUGCCUUUCUGAGCGCGUGGCAUUCGAGCAACGUUGACCAGGCCAAGUUCGGUCGUGAUCUCACUAAAGAUCCUCGCAAGAUCGAGCUGGCCAAGAAGGUCACGACGAUACAAGACAUCCAAACCCUAGUCAAUGACGUCUUCGCCAAGUACUCGGAUGAGCGCAAAUUCCCUCGAACCCGGAAGUGGAUGAUGCGAAUUAUCUCGAAGAUCCACCAUUAUGGCAAUAUAAUGGAUGUCAUGGUGCAGCAUCACCCUGAAUACGUCGCUCUCGGUUGGGGAGCGAUGAAGAUGGUCCUUGUUUCUGCGCAGAACCAUGAGGCCACAAUCUGCGCCAUAUCCAAAGCACUGUCGCAGAUCGCGGACAAGCUACCCCAAGUUGAGCUUGCCACCGUCCUCUAUCCCACCGAGAUGAUGAGGGAAGCUGUAGGAAAGCUGUAUGCCAACCUUCUACGUUUCUUCAUCCGAGCUCACGAGUGGUGUGAGGAGGGUAGGCUGCGCCAUCUCCUCCAUAGCAUUACGCGACCUGUUGAGUUGAGAUACAAGGACCUUUUGGAUGAUAUCGACUAUACCUCACGCCAUAUUUCCCAGCUUGCUUCUGCCGGUACCCAAGUCAGGGUCUGCGAAAUCGACAUCGAUUGGUCGACGGCCCAGGAAUCAAAGGUGGCUAUCCUGAAGGGCAACUUUAAUGCGCGCUUUGCCAUGCGAGACUUCUCUGUCAACAUCAUCCAGCAGCUACUCUCCAAAAACGUCCCGGUUCUGUGGGCACUGUCGGGGCCGGACAGCGGUUCUGAAGCCUCGAGCGACAUCUCGCCUGUCGAUCUCUUCCAGCAUCUCAUCCUUCAGGCGCUGAGGCUUGACAGAGAUUCGCAGACAGAAAGCGGCAUGUCCCUCCAGUGCGCUCGGUUCCAUGGGGCAUCAACGGAGCACGACUGGUUGCAGCUUCUGGGAUCUUCCCUCGUCGGUAUACGCGAAGUGUACUUGGUGGUCGACCUCUCGACCUUGAGGGGUAAUGUGGAGUCGACGGAUGGGUUUUCAUGGCCCGCUGCUUUCAACAGCCUUUUCGUCGAGAUUGCGAAACGCUCGCAGGGUGUGCGGAUCAAAGUACUCCUUCUCGCCGGGAUGACAAGCGAAGGGGCGCAGGCAUCGGUACAGGCCCCGUCGGAUAUUCUCAUCCCUAAGAUGUCGGCAGGGCAUACUGGGACGACCAGAAGCACGGAGACGGAUGAGUUGAUCGAACCUGAACGAGCCUGA